CUCACUGGCAUUGCUGAUUUCGGACGAAUCGCACGUACCGCCGUCGUCGUCGUCGUCGUCGUUGUCGCUUUUAGCUCACCUCAUCGCGUGCGUUACCUGUAUUUGUACCUGUACCUGUUUUUUGUUUUGGAUUUACAGUUACUAACGAGUUAUGUGCGCUUGAAUGCCAAAUUUAAUUGCCGCUCUUUGCAUGCUCGCCAGCAGAGUAAUUUGAAAACGUUUUCAAAGAGUUGAGUUAAUAUAUUAAAAAAAAAAAAAUACGACAACUUUCGUUUUUCCCCUCCCCAAAACUUUCAUUUUUCCUGCUCAUCGUGUUGCCAUUGAAAACAGUGUCAAAACCAAGGUGCUAAAAGAAGUUAAUACUCACACAUAAAAUCCGAAUAAAAAUUAAAAAAAGAGAAAAAAUUCAAAGAAGAAAUAUAAAAUAAAAUUGUGCAACAAUCGCGCGUGUGUGAAUUGGCAAUUUUUUUUUGGAGUAUAUAUAUUCAUGGCCAUCAUGGACACCGCCUGGCGCUGCCGCCUCACGAUCUUUGCCAUCGUCUCCCUGCUGCUGGUGGGCGAUCUCUUUGGCUAUGGCGGUGGCAUCAAGUCCAACCACCCCGAUCAUCAUGCCGUCCGCCGCUCCGGGGGCGGUGCGGUGGCAGCCGGUGCCCCAACGGGUCCGGCGGCUGCAGCGGCCAGCAAGUUCCAGGCGAAGAAUGCCGAAAUCGAUAUAGCCGAAGAGCACGACUUCAAUGAGCUCUCAGCCGCUGCCGAGGCUCUGAAGCCCAGCAUGGCUGUGGUGACAGGGGCCAGCCUGAAGUCCAAAUCCCAGCUGACGGAUACCAUCAAGGAGUCGUGUCUGCCAAAGAUGCUGUGCGAGCUGGCCUCCAAGCCGGAGUAUCAGCUCAGCGAGAAGGAAAGGGAGCUACUUAGACUGAUCAGAUCUCCAACAAUGCCCUGGAUGAUGAACAUGCCGCCAAGCAAGUGGUACUUUGCUGCCCACAUGGGAGAGUUAAUGCGUCACACGGGAGACAAUCUCAGCGGACCCAUGGGAUGCGCCAAUCUGUGGCCCAACUGCCCCAUCAGCUCCAAGAAGCUGAUGAAGCUCAGCUACAAAGUGAGGGUCUAGUGUGGAUCCUUAAGUAUUAGGUUUUUAGAAUUAGACACCUCGACUUUUGUACCAUAUAUGUCUCUUCCACCUUUGGCUCCACCCUACAACUACAACCUACCUUGUACACGACCUUAGGUUUAGACUUAGACCUUAGUCCCGACACGACUGAAGUGACUGUAGAACUGUAAGCACUUGUAUCUACUAGCUGCGAGUCCUAGGUAGAUUUUAAUUACAUUUGUGUGACUAGUCACGACCCGAUUUAGCCUUAGGUCUAGUCGUAAGUUCGAUGCUCCUGUAAUUGUUAAUAAAUUACACUAUUUUGUGCAUUCACUCGCCCUAA